AUGUCAGAUUCAUUUAAAGUAGUCAAUUGUGAAAGAGAAUCUAAAUAAUCAUUUUAAGAGUUUUUAUAAAUGCAUCUUAAUGAACCAUAAGAUCAAAAUUUAACAUCUCCAACUUUAGAUAAUAAUUAUAAUUCCACAAAUUAAAUUGGAAUAAGGAAAACUAUUAAAAGAGAAGAAUCUGAACCCAGUUUUAGAAUUAUAGAAUAACCUAUUGAUAAUAAUGAAAAAAACCUUACCUCAAUGUAAUCAAAAAUUUAAUUACUCAUUACAGAAAAUUCAAAGUUAAUUGAAAUAAAUUCUGGCUUAAUGAGAGAAAUAGAAAUUAUGAAAUAAAAUAAUUAUUCAAAUAGAACAUUAUUAGUAUAAGAAUCACAAUAAAAAUUAAUGAAUUAUUAAUAAAAAGUAGUUUAACUAACUUAAGCAAAUGAAUAAUUAAGUAGUAGAUUAAUUGAUGAGUAAUCUAAGAAUAAAAAAGAAAUAGAAUAUAGAUUCUAAUAAAUAUUAUUGGAAAACUAAAAUCUUAAUGAAAUGCUAUAAACACGAUUAAAUGACAUAGAUAUAUUAAACAAUUAAUUAUUAGAAAAAAAUGAUUAAAUUGCCUUAAGAAAUGAAGAAAUGAAAGCAGUUAAUGAGUAAUUUAGUAUUUAUAUCAUAGAAAGUGUAUGGUAUUGGAACAAUAAAAAUAAGUUUUAAUAGCAUAGUAAUAAUAGUAUGUUGAUACAUUAAAGGAAUAUUAAAUAAAAGAACAAUAAUUUAUGCAAUAACUUUAUUAGGAAUAGGUCUCUUAUUAAUCUUGUAUAGCUAAUCUAGAAUAAAAUUAUAAUCUUCAAAUUAGUGAAUUAAGAAACUCAUUUUUGGUAAUGUUUAUAUUAUAUAAUAGAAAGAAAUUGAAUAAUAAUAAGAAACAAUUGCAUAAUAAUUCUAAAAUUAUUUUAAUUAACAGAUUAUUACAUUUCAAUAGUAGAAUAAAUUGAUAUAGUAAGAGAAUAUAUAAAUAAAAGAUGAAUUAACAGAAAGAUCUAAGAUAUGGUCUUAGGAAAAGGAGAGACUAGAAAAUUUCAUUAAAAAUUUAUAAUAAUAAAAAUAAAAUUCUUAGGAAUCUAAUGUUCAAUAAUAAGUCAAUCUUAAUCAACUACAAUAAAAUCAAAAAUUAUCAUAAUAAAUUACAUAAUAACCUUAAAUUUAAAAUUAAUAAUAAUAGCAAACUUAAAUAUAAAAUUAGUAAUAACUAACUUAAGAAUAAAUAAUUUAAUAAUAAUAAGAAUUAUAAAAGUAAUAAUAUUAUUAAGAUAUAUUAUAAAUAUAGUAAUAAUAAUCCUAAUUACAAUAAUAAUAAUAAUAAAAGGUCUUAUAAUAAUAAUAAACAUAAUUAUAAUGCAAUUAAACUCAUCAUUAAUCUAGCAAUUAUACUUUUAGAUAAAAUACUUAAGAAGAUUCAAGAGAAGUAAGUCCUGAAAAAGAUGAUAUCUUUCUAAAUUUCGAUUAAAAAGUUAGAUUACAUACUGAAAGUUAUGGAGAUAGAUAUGAAAAAACUUUACCUUUAAGAACUCCUUUGCAUGUCUAGAAUUAUAGAGUUCCUUAAUUACACACACUCACAAGAUAUGAUCAAAAAUAAUAAUAAAAUGUUUCUGUAAACUAUCCAUAUUACUAUUAAAAUACUCAAUAAAAAUGUAUGCCUCAAUAUUAAAGAUCACAUUCUCAAUAUUAGGAAAAAGACGAUAAACCUAAGACUUAAUAAUAUCAAAAUUAAAAUGAAAGCUAUUUGAUUCAAAAAAGAUAUUGA